GACGCCCUGCGUGCCCCCGGCAAAGCCCCCAGCUGGGAUCCGCAGACCCUUGCCUACCAGGAGCUGCAGUCGGAGAGGACGGAGGUUCCCGCAUCCCGGCUGCUGGAGGAGACCGCGCUCAGCCGCCCGGGGGGCGAGGACUCGGCAGGCUGCGGCGAGCUGGUGUGGGUGGGGGAGCCUGUUGUCUUCGGCCGGGCAGACUCCAUCGCUGGCAAGUAUGGCGUGUGGAUGAAGGACCCCGAGCCCGUGCCCCCCUUCACACGGGAGACCACCUGGCGUGUGGAUGCGGUGGGUACGGAGGUCCGCCAGCUCUUCCAGUACGAGGCGGCCGAGCAGCUGGCCCAGGGCUACCCCACCAAGGUGCACAUCCUGCCGCAGCCCCUAGAGAGCACGGGGGCUGUUGUCUACCGCGGCGGGCUCUUCUUCCAGCCCCGCCGCUCCCGCACUGUGGCCCGCUACGACCUGCGGGGAGAGGCCGUCACGGCUGAGAGGGAGAUCCCUGGUGCCGGCUACCACGGGCAGUACCCCUACUCCUGGGGGGGCUACACCGACAUCGACCUCGCAGUGGAUGAGACAGGGCUCUGGGUGAUAUACAGCACUGAGAAGGCCAGGGGGGCCAUUGUCCUCUCCAAGCUGGACCCUGAGACGCUGGAGAUCCGGCAGACUUGGGAGACCAACAUCCGCAAGCGAGGGGUGGCCAACUCCUUCCUCAUCUGCGGCACCCUCUACACCGUCAGCAGCUACUCGGCACCCAACGCCACCAUCAACUUUGCCUACAACACGGCUACCAGCACCAGCCGAACCCUCAGCAUCCCCUUCGAGAACCGCUUCCGCUACCUCAGCAUGGUGGACUAUAACCCCACCGAGCGGCGGCUCUUCGCCUGGGACAGCUUCAACAUGGUCACCUACCCUGUCCGCCUCUCCCGGCCGUGAGCUGGGGCUGGGGACGCACCGGCUCUGCCCCUGUGAUCCCCACGCAUGCCUCAGCACCCCGCUUCACUCCCCAGC